AUGGAUUCCCUAAUGGAUGUGGACAAUGAAAAGGAUGACACCCAAGAUGCACCUCAGUCCCUGGGAAGCUUUGUGAGUCAGGGUUUAAAGCAGAUGUAUCUCAACCAGCAGUUCUGUGAUGCUACACUGGUGGUUGAAGGAAGGAGGUUUCCCUGUCACAGGGUGCUGUUGGCCUCAGUCAGCCCAUACUUCCAGGUCAUGUUCACCAGCUCCUUCAAAGAGUCCCAGGAUGGGGAAGUUUUGCUCAAGGCUAUAGCCCCCUCCAUCAUCCAAAGCAUGCUGAAUUAUCUCUAUUUAGAGGAGAUAUCACUUACUGCAGAGACUGCUGAAGAGUUGUUUAUCGCAUCCAGUAGGCUCCAGAUCCUCCCACUAGAGGAGAUCAUUAGCAGAUUCUUUGUGAAGAAUAUUUCCAUGGAGAACUGCCUUGGGAUUUAUGCACUGGCGUAUGCCCACAACCACAAAGAUCUUCUUCAUGCAACCAUGCACCACAUCGGCUUGAAUUUUGGGUCCAUCUCUGAGGACUAUGAUUUCAUGUGUCUGGACCUCAGCACUUUGACCAGCAUCAUCUCCUCGGACGACCUUGUAGUGUCCUCUGAACUGGUUGUCUACCAGGCUGUGCAACGCUGGGUGAGGUUUAAACCAGCCGAGCGCCUCCCAGUGCUUUCUAUGCUCAUGAGGCACAUACGCCUUCCUUUCCUGACCGGUGAAGCACUUGCAGAGAUCCAGGCAGACUCAGAACUUUAUGGGGAUGUUCAGAUGUGGUGGAAACAACUGGUUGGGGAAGAAAGGCUGUGGGAGAGUGGGGGACUGAGGCAGGGAAUGUAUGAUGAGUGUAUUGUGUGCAUGGAGCUGCACAGGUACAAGAUUCAACAUGGGGAGAAUGACUAUUCAGAGUUUGACAUUGAUUCUGACUUGCUUUCUGGAAUGGAUUGUUUUGAUCCUUAUACAGGAAGGUGGAAAAAGCUGCCAGGUUUGAAAUGCCUGAGACAUUCUGCCAGCACAGCUGUGGAGCACAAGCUUUACCUGUCUGGAGGCAAACACCGAGAUGGCUCUUGUUCAGACACUCUUUAUGAAUACAAUUCUUUUACUGGCCAAUGGAUACAGCUCCCCUCCAUGUCUGUGCCCCGGGAUUCACAUGGCUUUCUAGCCUGUAACCUGAAGCUGUAUGCUCUUGGGGGACGGAAUGACAGACACGGACUCACUUCUGCUGAGACCUUUGACUUGGUGCAGAAGGCAUGGACUCCCAUCUCCAAAUUGCCAUUUCGGCUGAUAUAUUUUGCUUCCACAGUGCUGAAGAAUAAGUUGUACCUAAUAGGUGGAGAAGCUUUGGCAGUAGUACCUAAGCUAGUUUAUAGCGGCAUUCUGAUUUAUGACAUUAACUUAGAUAUGUGGACUCAGAUGCCUCUGGAUUUUAAGUGCUAUGAAACAGCUGCUAUCUCUAUGAAUAAUGGGAUCUGUGUUAUUGGUGGGUUCUGUGAAGAAAAAGGUAGACAGCUGACUCUAAGAGGCACUACAGAAGUCUCCUUUCUGUCCAGUACAAAAUGUUUUUUCCUCAACGAAGAUGGCAAAAUGUGUCAGGAAGUUAUGAUUCCAGAAUUACCAGAAACAUUUGCCUUUGCUAGUGUGGUUUGUUGGCAGAGGAGAAUCUACUUGAUGGGUGGUGUAAAUUGUUAUAGAUUAUGCAACAGGAUUUUCUACUGGGAACCAGGUGAUUCCAGCUGGACUGAGUGCCAGGAACAUGUCCCCAGUAUAGAGGGGUUUAUCAGAAUAUUUAAAUGUGUGACACUGAAGAUACCAAAAAAUACACUCUGCCCCUUCUCCAAGAAAUAUCUGUAA